AUGACUGUUAUCGACAAACCAGACGAAGUCUAUCCCCCAAUCCCCGUAUACGGUGGCCGGUGGACUCCGCCCAAGCGCCUUCUGGACUGCUACAACUACAUGUGGAUUGACACAGACGCGUGGGAGCAUCCAGAAAAUGUUACCUUUGAGCUCUACAGCCAACCAACGCGCGGUCCCGGAGCCCAGGGCUCCUAUCUGGUCGUCCUACCACCGGGCUACAAUGACUUAGAUCUGGGCACUAUGCCCAAGGUGAUUUUGGUCGCACCGCAGGCAUUGCCGGAAGGACGCUGGACCAACAGUUACGACGACAGCCGCCGCCUUCGGGACAUAAUGCGCCACAAUCUCGUCACAGCCAUUGAUGAGCAGUACAGGACCAUUAGACAUCCAUCAGCGCGUUGGCUGGAGGGUCACUCAGCAGGCGGUUAUGGUGCCUUUAAUCUUGGUCUCAAGUAUCCCGAUGUUUGCGGAGGCGCCUUAUCGCCACUUGCUGGCUCGUUCAGAACUGAAUUGGCCAAGGAGGGCCUUAAGAUUACUUACGACACUUACAACGGCUCGCAGGCAUUUUUCACCUCUAAUCAUGCCCUCACGCUUCUGAAGGGGAUUCUCCCACGGGUCCAUCGCGACAAGCCGGAGCUGCAGCUGCUCGUUGGCGGCGAGGGUGUUAGACUACGUGAAGAACAUGAGCACAUGUGGACCAGCUUGUACGCUCUGGGCGUACCUUACACGAAAGCUAAUGUCCCCGGAGCUCCCCCACAGCAGAGCAUGUCCUGGGUGGCCUGAACAAUGAUGAUCUCCAGUUCCGGUGGAACGCACGGGCAAAGGUUGUUGACGCCUGAGACUGGGGCGUGCUGGUCCCUUCCAUUUGGAGUAGUACUAGUACCUCAGUCCAGAAAUC